AUGUACAUGGAAGUUUUAGUCAAAGUUCCGAUCAAGCAAACGAUGUACUGGAUGGACGAAUUGAACAACAAUCAGGCUCUCGCUUCAUCCCAAAUUCAAGACGUAAUUGGUCGUCAAGACAUUCCCAUGACCUACAAAAAUAUCAAUAUUACAGAUGAUGCCGUCCAAAGAAAUGAGGAAAACAAUGGUAGUAAUUCUUCUAGGAGUGGGCGGAAACCGCAUAAUCGUUCUCAAAAUAGGCAUCGUUAUUAUUCUCAAAAUAUUAGUCCCGAGGUGGUCAAUUCUCACACACCUCAGAUAACUGGUAGCAAUAGCAUCCCCAAUAAUAGUGAGCUGAACCCUCGUCAUGGUAGAUACGGAAUGUCAUCCAGAGGGAGAGGUACUCGCGUCUCAUCAAAGGAAGAUCAAGGAGCCACCAAGGAUUCAGCAUUGAGUCGAGCAAAGAAUGAUGACAAUGUUGUAGCAGAAUCAUCACUAUCAAACAAUUCUUCGAAGGUUCAAUCUCCGCAACGAACAAGAAAUAUCCAACCCAAUGAUCCAGGUAGUGGGUCACAGAUAAUUUCUGAUAAGAAAGGAAAGAGACCAGAGACGGAUAGACUUGAAUCAUCGAUAUCAUCACGUUCAAAUUCUAAUCAAAAUAAUUCUCGCAAUAACAAUCGCUCCAAGAAGUCCCUUGUUUUUCCCGGUGAUAUCAAAGACGUGCGUACUUCUAUAACACAUGGUCUCACGACCUCUACGUACGAAUGCAUGAUAUGUUGUGAAGCUAUUAGGCCUCGAGAUAAGACAUGGUUCUGUGGAGUUUGUUGGGCAGUUUUUCACCUUCCCUGCACGCAAAAAUGGGCACAAAAGUCAUUUGAGGGAGCGGGUUUCUGGCGUUGCCCGGGUUGUCAGAACAGAUCGGAGAUUAUUCCCGAGACAUUUCAACUUCGUUGCGCCGACACCGAUUAUUUUGUAAAAAGGUCGUGUGGAGCAGCAUGCAAUAAACUACUUGGAUGCGGUAAACAUUAUUGCACUCAAGAAUGUCAUGAUGGGGAAUGUUCAAAUUGCGAUAUAGUAGAAUUACAAAAAUGUUAUUGCGGUCAAUCAGAAUGUGAGAUAAAGUGCGGAGAAGGAAAUGUGGAGUACACCAUUGCACAAGGAUGUGUCACCCUAUUUCCGAGGAAUUACUUGGCCGUAAAAGAAUCUCAUGCACCGAAGAGAUUCCUCUGUGUGAAAACACCUGUGGAAAACUUUUAUCUUGUGGUCACUCGUGUGCAGAUAAGUGUCAUCAAGGAGAUUGCAAGCCAUGCUCUGUCAUCGUACACAUCAAGUGUCGUUGCGGUAGCACUGAGUUCGAGAAAAUAUGUUCCGAAGUUUUGUCCUUCCGCAAACGUCAAACAGAAACAACAUAGGAGACGUGACAUCCCUCAAGAAGAAGAGAAUGAUGCGAAUCAUAUAUGCUCCUUAUUAUGUGGAAAGCUAUUAAAAUGUGGUAACCAUACUUGUCAGCUUCUUUGUCAUAAAGAGGGACACUGCAUGCCUUGUUUGGAGGCGUCUUUUGAGGAGUUGUCAUGUCACUGCGGCCGCACCAAAGUUUAUCCUCCCAUUUCAUGUGGAACGAAAGUUCCAAAGUGUAAAUAUGAAUGCACUCGAAUCCCCCCUUGUGGUCAUGCGGCAGUUCCACACCCGUGUCAUACUGAUGAGGAACCUUGUCCACCAUGCCCCUAUCUUGUCAACGAUAAAACUUGCAUGUGUGGUAGAUCUGUCGUUAAAAAUGUUCCCUGUCAUAAGACAAAUGUCAGCUGCGGAAAAGGCAAAGGUGUGUUCAGACCUGCGGUAAGCCUCGUAAAAGUUGCGGUCAUCCUUGCACACAUACAUGCCACGCACCUGCAAGCGACUUGUAAUGCGACUUCGGAGAAUCCUGAAGAAAUUAAAGGUCGGCAAUUGGAGUGCAACGAAUCUUGCGCAUUGGUCGAAAGAAAUCGUAAAUUAGCAAGCGCACUAGAAUUGGGUGAUCGCAUUAAUGAGGGAGAUCUUAUCAAGGCGAUUCCUGAAUAUGAGGAGGAUUUACUACAAUAUUAUAGUAUCCACAAGGAUUGGGCUAAAAAUAUCGAAAAUACGUUGUCUGAUUUUCUCCUGAAGUCCAAUAAGCCCACCUUAAAUUUCCCGCCGAUGAAAUCGACUCAUAGAAAAUUCAUACAUCAAUUAUGUGUUCACUAUCGAUUGUCAUCGUGUAGUGUUGAUGUUGAACCAUUCAGAAGCGUUAUUGUGAAAAAACAAGCUGAUUCUGCUGUUCCUCCAUUAUUGCCCUCGCAGGUCUUUUCGAAACAGGGUAAGCUAUCGAUCAUAGCGCCUCCUUCGACGACUCCCGAACAACCUGCGCGUAAACAAAAACAACCGAUCAAUGCUUUGUAUUUAUCAGAGCUAGCUGUUGGAUCCACGGAAGAAGAACUAGAGAGUGCGUUGGGUUCGCUAUUUGGAAAGUCAAAGUUUCAUAUCAAAUGGGUCAGUGGUGAGGAUUUAGUCAUUAUACCAUCAGCCGGUUCGAUUCACAUGGACGAAUUAGAAUCCCUACUGAUGAGAGUGAAGCAGUCUGUCAAGGACAGUUUAGUAUCAAAAGGAAUUGCAGCAUGGGUGGAACUGUGCUGGGUUAACUCAAAAUAUGAGAUUUCUUGGCGCGAGAAAAGCAAAAUGUUGCACGGAUCUAAUACUUUCUUACGUAUGGUUACUCCUUCAUCAGCUCCAUUUAGCAACACGAACCCAUACGAUGCGCUGGUGGAUCUCACUGAUGAGUCACACGUGGGCGGUCCAUCUCAGUCAUAUGAUGUCAGUACUCACGAUAAUAAUGAUGUCGGCAAAAACAGUAAACAGACGUCUAAAGAUUUAAUUGUGAAUGGCGAUGGAAUUGUUGACGAUUGGGAACUGUUGAGCGACGAGUGA